AUGUCUAAUCAAUCCCCACUAAACCCUACCAUCCAGCUCCCCACCUAUUUCACUGCCCUCGCUCUAUACAACCUCUACUUCCACCCGCUCUCCAACUACCCAGGCCCUAAAUACGCCGCUGUCUUCCCCCUCUGGUAUGCCUACGCUCUCCUCCGCGGUAACUUCCACGAGGACAUGCGCCACCUCCAUGCCCAUUACGGCUCCGUCGUACGCUAUGCCCCCAACGAACUCUCCUACACUGACCCGCGUGCCUGGACGUCCAUCUACAGCGGGCGUCCCACUGGCACUGAAUUCCCCGAACUGGGAAAAGACCCCACUUUCUAUGCGGGCUUUGCUUCAGGCAACAAGAGCAUCACCACCGCAGGCUUCCACGACCACAACCGCUUCCGAAAGAAGCUGGCCCCCGCGUUUGCAGAAAAGUCAAUCCGCGAGCAAGAACCCAUCAUCAAGGGGUAUGUGGACUUGUUCGUGCAGCAGUUGGGGCAGCGCGCGGGCGAAGUGGUGGACAUGAGCGCUUGGUUCAAUUUAAGGAAACAGUUCUGCACCUUCGACAUCAUCGGUGACCUAGGCUUCGGUGAGCCCUUCGGUUGUCUCAAACGAGGCGCGUAUGACGACUGGGUGCGCUUAAUCUUCCUCGCUCUCAAAACGAGCAUGCUCAUACAGAUCAGCGCGCGGUUCCCAUGUUUGCAGUCCCUUCUGCUGUGGUACCUGCUGCCGGCGGAGCUGGCGCGCAAGCGACUGGCGCAUAUCGCCAAGACGACCGAGAAGGUGAUGCGCCGACUGGGCAGAGAGACGGAUCGCAAGGACUUCAUGCAGUAUUUGUCGACGGGGGCGCCGGAGUUGUCGUUUGACGAGUUAUCGAAUAACUCGUCCACGUUGAUUGUGGCGGGGAGUGAGACUAGUGCGACCUCGUUGGCGGCGGUGACUUUUUACUUGCUGAAGAAUCCCGAGAAGAUGCGCAAGCUGAGAAAAGAGAUUGAGACAGCCUUCAGCAUGGAGGAGGAGAUCUCAAUCCAGUCCGUGGCUGGCUUGAAGUACCUGACUGCGUGUUUGGAGGAGGGAUGGAGAUUGUAUCCGCCAAUUCCCUCGGGGUUGCCACGACAGGUGCCCGGGGAGGGGUUUGGAAUUGCUGGCCGAUGGGUUCCAGGCGGGGCCGCCGUAUCCGUUCAUAGCUGGGCAACGUCGAGGUCACCCAAGAACUUUCGCAACCCGGACGAAUUUAUUCCGGAAAGAUGGUUGGGCGAUCCAGCAUACAAGGACGAUAACUUGCAGUCAGUCCAGGUGUUUCAUGUUGGACCUCGGAAUUGCAUUGGAAAGAGUCUGGCGUAUGCCGAAAUGCGUCUGAUUCUUGCUCGUCUACUUUUUCGGUUUGAUCUGCAGCUCAUGCCACAUAGCUCCAACUGGGCGGAGCAGAUGUCGUACAUGGUCUGGGAACGAGGGCCAUUGGAUGUCCGCGUGACAGAGAGAAGGACUGCUUCGGAUAGAUUGUAG